AUGGAUUGGCAACAGUGCAAACAUAUUCGCAUAAGACGCAUUUUAGACGGUACAGUUAAUGUCGAAACUAGUCAGAAAAUCCGUGUCAACUUCACAAAAGCGGAAUAUAUUGGCCUUCAUCAAAGCUGCUACGAUUUGGAAUUCUUUGACCCCGUUGAUAAUAAUUUAAUAAUGACAAAAACAGUAAAAGUUUUUGCAGAAAUAUUGCCACAUCCUAUAGAAAUCCAACCCAUUAUCCUGGAUAUGACGGGAACUCCGAAAACGCUUGGACUGUGCAUCGAUCAUUUCACAAUAUUUAAUAACCACAAAUUUGUUCCUGUCACAAUAAAAAUUGAAUUAACAACCAAGAUGAAUAGAAUUUUUGACAUAACACCGCAAAAGACAUUCAUAGCGGCGCAGUCAAAUGCCUCUUUUGAGGUUGCAUUAUCCAGAUCUGGUUCUAAUAAACACGAAGAUUUUGUUCAUUUUACUAUUAAAAUCAUUGUAAUAGGAGAUAAAGCUGUUUAUAAAAAUGUGCCACCGUUCUUCUAUGAAAUUAUUAUCCCAUGUGCAUCUGAAUUUAAAAGAGUUUAUGGUAAAAACUAUAUGGGUUCUUCAUCGGAUUCGUUAGACUACGAUGAUGGUACUGGAACGACGACCGAAGUAGAACUAAGUAGGGUUUUGUAA